AUGGCUGGUCACCUCUCGUUCGGUCAAUCCGGUCUCAAGGAACCCUACCACGAAAUCAUCGCCGGAGGUCAGUACAUCCCCUCUCCUCUGUAGCUGCCCGCCGAUGUCUUCCCCGCGCGCCGAGCCGUUUGUCCCAACCGACCACGUCAUCGGUCAGCGCGGUCAGCGCGGUCAGCGCGGUCAGCCCCACCUCGGCUCGUCCGGCGCCGCAGCGGUACGACCAACGGACCGCCUCGCCGUCGACGCUCGAGCGACCUCCUCGUACGAUUGCCCUCCAAUCCCGCUCCACGGUGUAGCGCCACCCAACACCCUUCAUUGAUGGACGCCACGUGGACCGCACACGCUGCUCAGAUCUAAAGAAGCACCGACCGCGACGACGCUCCAACGCUCAGCACCGCCUCGGCGUCUGAUCAGUGCCCACGUGCCCACGUGCGGCACGAUCGCCCGCCCGCAAUCAUACACUGCACUCUUGAAUCUACUCAAGUCCGUCGUAGGUGCUGAACUCGUCUUGAACCCGCAGGUGAUACCGACUAUGCACUCUACACGCUCGCACACCCCACCCCGUCCGUCAACGAGCUCAAGCUGGUGACCUCGGGUCAGUCAUCCUCACUCAGCCUUGUGCACGCAUCAUCACAGCACGAGUAGUUGAUAUCGAACGUGUCCAUCGUCCCUCAGGCUCCGGAGGACUCGAGGAACUCGAGGAUGAGUUCUUGGACAGCAAGGCCAUGUGGGCCUUUGUUCGGGUCAAGGAUGCAGGAUCGGGCUUGCCCAAAUUCGUCUUGAUCAACUGGGUGAGUAGCAAAUGUAUCCGAACGAGUGUGACACUAGCUGACGAUACAGCUCCUUUACUUUGCACAUUUCUAGCUCGGCGAAGGAUCGCCUGAAUCGCGCAAGGCCUCCUUCCGCGCCCAUUCGCUCGCCGUCGCUGGAUUCCUCAAGGGAGCCCAUAUCAGUAUCCAUGCCCGUCACGAUGCCGACGUUAGCCCGGCUCUCAUUCGUCGCAAGGUCGCCGACUCGUCGGGUGCAAAGUACUCGAUCCACAACGAGCCUGCGCAGCGAUACGUCGCGCCCAAGCCGGUUGUGAGUGAAGCAUCUGCGAGCGAAUCGUCGAUGCUAUCAAUCGAUGGCUGAUAGUACCCAUGAAUGUACAGUCAUCGAGCUAUGUCCCCAUCGGCCGACCCGAGAUCAGUCACUCCAAGCCGGCGCCCCCACCCACGCCCGUUGGUACGAUCUAUCAGAGCAAGGCGAACGAACUGGCCGAGAUCCGAGCCAAACAGGCUGCUGCAGCGAGCGCUCCCAAGCCGUCCUUCCCUCGUGACGAGCCAUCAUCGGAUGCGUUCGCACCGCGAGUUGUUGCUCCUGUAGUUCGAGCACCGGUCAGUCACGCUGCGCCCCCACAUGAUAUCGUGUUGAGGAUGAAGCUGACUCGUUGCUCUCUUGGCAAGCAGGCUUUUGCUACUGCCCCUGCCCCGCCUGCUCCUGCUCCACCUAAACCAACUCCGGCGCCUGUUGCCCAAGCUCCGGAGAGGGCACCGGGUGGAGUCACGUAUGAACGCCCCGAAGCGGUCGGCACGGCCUACACCCCCGUCUCGCUCCCCAAGCCCGGCAAGCUCGCCAACAGGUGGGGCGCGAACGCAGCAAGCUCGUCUCCCUCACCCUCACCAGCCUCGUACGGCGCUUCACCGCUUAACCCUGGGGCUGGAGCUGCCCAGAAGCCUUUGACGUGGAGUGAGAGGCAAGCACUGGCGAAGAAACAGAGGGAGGAAGAGGACGAAGCUUCGGCCGCGGCGGGGCAGAGAUCACUUGGCGCUGUGGGGGGCGCGACGCCUUCGUCUGGGUUCAGGCAAGGUGGCUUCGGUGCGGCGUCCGUACCUGCCGCCCCUGCUGCUCCUGCUGCUCCUUCGGCACCACCGGCACCACCUGCACCACCUCGCGCACCCCUCGCCCCCGCUGCACCUGCCCGACCUGUUCAACAAGCCGUCGAUGACGAUGAUGAUGACUUUGCGACGCCGAGCCUGAAGCGAGGUGAUUCCGACGACGAGGAUGACAUCGUGCCAGUACGAGCCACGCCUGCUGCACCAACCGCUCCCCCUCCCCCUCCCAUGGCCCCCGUCGCACCUCCACCUCCACCCGUCGCGCCUCAAGCGCCACCACCACCACCAAUGGCACCUCAAGCUCCUCCACCUCCCCCAAUGGCUCCUGCCGCAACGCCAGCUCCACCUGCUCCACCUGCGCCACCAGUUCCCGCUGCGCCUCCAGCUCCUCCAGCUCCUCAAAUGAAAGAACUUUCGCUCCACCCUUCAGGUCCCCAAGCCCGCGUCUUGUUCGGCUACGACGCCGAAGAGGAGAACGAAUUGAGCUUGGUCGAAGGAACGACGAUUUAUGGGGUCGAGAUGGUCGAUGAAGGGUGGUGGCAGGCGACGGAUGAGGAAGGGAAGCAAGGCUUGUUCCCUUCUAAUUAUGUCGAGUUGAUCGAGCAGGGUCGGGGUGGGGACGAAGUGGAGAGAGAGGUACAGCCUGAGCGCUUUGCGGAAUCGGAGAUUGAGCUGGAACGGGAGUUAGAGGUUCGGACGGGAGAUGUUGGGACGGUUGCGAUCGCGUUGUACGAUUAUGAAGAAGCGGAAGAAGGCGAGUUGUCGUUCAAGGAAGGUGAGACGAUCGUACGCAUCGAUAAAGUUAGCGAGGAGUGGUGGCAGGGCGUGAAUGAGCGUACGGGACAGGAAGGGGUCUUCCCCGCGCCUUAUGUUGAGGUUCAAUAG